GCACAGCCUCGGCAAAAUUGCCAUUUACGCGCGACCGGGGCCUAUUUGUUACGACGAGACAUUGCUGGCGUAUACAAAACACAGCGCUGAGGCUCGUGUGUGUGAAGACCGCAGUUUCAGAGAGGCCCCAGCGGCCACAGACUAAGGUUGGCUCCUGACUGCUGCAGCCAGCCGGACCGCCUGCCGUGCCCAGAGACCACACACAGACCAUGCUGCUGCGCCAGGCGCUCUCCCGCACCCGGCAAGCGCUGCGGCGGCCCCAGGCCAGACGCAUCACGCACCGCGAGGAGGGCCGCAAAUUACCGAGAGAAAUGGUCGCGGCCAUGACGGCCGACGGCGACGCGAGUUCAUAUUUUGAGAGCAUGCGGUCAAGGGUAGCGGCAUCAGGCGCCACGCGCGCGGCGUCGUCGGCGGCGGGCGACGACUACGUCGCUCUAGCUGACGAGGCCCUCGACAAUAUCUUGGAGAAGGCCGACGAGCUGAGCGAUGCGAGAGACGACGUCGAGUGCGAGCUUUCCAGCGGCGUCCUGACCCUCAAAAUAGCGGGAACAGGCACCUGGGUGCUAAACAAACAGGUUCCGAAUAGACAGCUCUGGCUCUCGUCUCCACUGUCCGGCCCGUGCCGCUACGAAUAUGAUGGAGAGAAGUGGACGCACACGCGGGACGGGUCCUCGCUUGCUGAAUUACUAGAGAGAGAGCUCGGACUAAUAAUGUGAC